CUGGUUAUGACGUGGGGAGAAGUGAGAGAUAUACUCUGUUGUUUUUCGGAUUUUUUCGUCAGCGCAGGUCUCGGAACAGUUUUCGAGUGGGUCCUUCACUAAUAGAUUGCAGUAGCGAGAUAAUGUUUCAAAUUGUGUCAAGUGCGGGUACAACGGAACAGUGCGGGUUUAGAAGUGAGUAAAAUUUGUAGUUGUUCGAAAGUGAUCCCUUACCGUUCGUUGCAGCAAAUAUUGAAGUGCGAAGGGGUUCCUAACGGAUUUCGAGUUCGUUCGGAAAUUGUAACUUGUAACAAUAGAGAGUGGUCGCAAGAUUUAAGUGAUUAGAUAGGUCAAGUGGUGUCGUGUGUGUUGCGGAACAUGAGUUUACCAAGUGGUGUUGAUAUGUCUAAUCUGAUGCAACAGCACCCGGUUCUGGGAGCUUUGCCACCGGCCUUUUUUCUGCGGGCUGCUUCGGAACGAUACCAACGGACACCGAAAUGUGCCCGCUGUCGGAACCAUGGUGUGGUAAGCGCUCUGAAAGGUCACAAACGGUACUGCCGCUGGCGAGAUUGCGUCUGUGCGAAGUGCACCCUGAUCGCCGAAAGACAGCGGGUGAUGGCGGCUCAGGUGGCCUUACGUCGGCAGCAAGCUCAGGAAGAAAACGAAGUGCGUGACCUAGGACUGUUGUAUACCGGUGGUGUUCAUUCGGUAGGUCAACCGGUGCCAGACAGCAACGGACAAUCUUCGGUGGGACAGUUCCACACGGGGAUACCCUCUCCGCCCAAUGAUUCCGAUGGUGGCAAUCGGGGAAGCUACGGAACAGUGGAAGAUACCGAAAACCCCCGGCUCCGACCGGAACGCAUCAACUCCGCCUAUUCACCAGAUCAGAGUGAACCAGACAGCCCCGGCUCGAAAAGACAACGUCUAUCUACGGAGACAGAUCACGAUACCGGCUCGGAGUCCUCCCCCAGCAGCCCAAGGCUGAAAGCGGGCCUGUUUACGCUCCCUAUGAAAUUGUCCCCAUCCCGCAAUGGACCUCCCAGUUCACCGGAGUCCGAUCUCGACGUUGAUUCGGCCCCGGACGAUUCGGUCGCCCCGGAAAAUCUCAGUCUUAAGAAGGAUACCGGCAGUGUACGGAAAGUUUCACCUGAACGCAACUCGCCGGUAAACAAUGGGCUCGGCAAUGGAAGCGGUGCGACCAGCAGCUUAGGUUUUCUGCCAUAUCAUACCCAGACACCGCAGUACCAGCACGGAUUGGGAGUGACAGGAUCACCGAAUCCUUCAAGGUCACCGGUGGAUGUUUUGCUAAGAGUAUUUCCGAACCGCCGUCGGAACGAAGUGGAGCAGUUACUUCAGCGAUACCGAGGGGACGUAGUACAAGCAAUGGAAGCCAUGCUUUGUGGAGAUGACGGUCUGCAUACGACGAUGAAUGUGCCAACUCCAUCACCUCCGUUCCCACUGAAAUCGGCUUUCUCACCCCUGAUGCCACCGGGAGCGUUCGGAGCACCAGCGGUCAGCCGAGGAUAUUCCUUCUUGCAAGCUCAUGCGCAUGCAAAACGCUUCCUAACCGCUCCUUACAGUGGAACCGGUUACCUUUCGACGGUUUUGCAGGACACGGAACAACAGUGUGAUGCAAGUGGCGGAAAUGGGCAUGCAAAUGGAUCCUCAUCUUCUGCCACGAGCGGUGCAGGGAACUGCGGGGACGGACAGGAAUAAUACACGAUUAUCGAUUUGUAAAAAAAUGUAUUUCGAUAGCUUUAAGUGAUCAAAACAAAAAAAAACAUAAUCAAUAAUAAUCGUACUUUUUUCAUUUUUUUAAUAACAAUUCAAGAAUCACAAAGUUGUGUACAGAAUUAAUAGAUAUGAAGUAAAUCAAAAAAAGCAUGUUCGCACUUAGAACCUUUAAAUACGUAAAUUAAAUUAAAUGUAGAUCAAUCAUGUUCGGAGCUCAUUUUGUACAUAAUCUGAUUCUGUUUUAUUUUUUUCUUUCGCUGCCCCGUUCACCACGAAGAUAUCUCUCUAAAUAUCCGCAUAUGGUUUCAAAGUCAGCAACAUGGCAGUAACAAAAACUUUCACACACGAGGUCACACAAAAACCUAAUAUCACUAGCUUAGACAAACAACAAAAAUUGAUACUCUACAAAGGCAAAAAUAGUACGUUCUAUAAUCAAAUGCCCUCUAUGUAUAUCGAAGCACUAAAAAUACCGAUUUAUGCAGACAUAAUCCGUACGCAGAAUAGAAUAUUAAAUAUAACAAAAUAUGCUUAUAUGUAGCCUUAAGACAUCUACUCCAAAACGUGAAAUAAAGAAGGUGCCAUAAUCAUCCCGAAAAAUA